UGUUUCUUUGAACAGAAACCUCCCCUCUCUCUCUCUCUCUCUCAACGCACGCACCUGUUUUGUUAAUAUAGAAAAAUGAACCGGAAAACCGACAAGCUUGUGAGAAGGACUACGAUGGUGGCCACUGUUACUGCUGGUUAUUUCCUCCUAACCGCUGACUACGGCCCCGAACCUAAUGUCCUCGACCCUAUUAAGAAGGCAAUUCAAUCAGCAGAGCAUUCUGUGAAAGUGUUCGUGUUUGGACCGGACAAAGGAAUUGACGAGAGUGAAAAGGGUAAGUCGGGCUCCAAAAGUGCAAAGGAACAACCAUAGUAUGUUAGUUAGAUAACUAAUUUUGCAUGGUAAAAGUUUUUUAAGUGAGUUUUAGUGCGCUUGCUGAAGGAAGUUGUUAUGUAGAGCAAAGUUUCAUUUUGGCUCAUCACUUGAAACUCUUGUACGCUGAAUUUAUGAAUUCUCACCCUCUCUUGAAUUUCAGAAAUCAUUUGAAAUUGUAGUCAAGAAUGAAGCAGAUACAUUUUGAACAAGAUGCAUGUAAAUUGCCAGUUGGUUCAUAAGAUGGUUUAUUUCUUACUGCA